GGGAAGAGGCGAACAGGAGAGCCACCAGGACCUCUGAGAAGCCCAGAUACCAAGAGAGAAGAUGUUUCAAAUCGGGGGCCUCAUUGUCUUCUGUGGGCUGCUGGCCCGGACCACAGCCCUGCUGGACGCCUUGCCCCUGGACCAGACCCCGCUUUUGCAGGGGACUCCAGUCCAGGACCUAAGCCCCACGGAUCUUGCUGGAAGCUUAACGGAUGCCCUCAGCAAUGGCCUGCUCUCUGAGGGUCUGUUGGGCAUUCUCGAAAACCUUCCACUCUUGGACAUCCUGAACACUGGAGGAGGCACGUCUGGUGGCCUGCUUGGGGGCCUGCUUGGCAAAUUGACUUCAGUGGUCCCUCUCCCGAACAAUAUCAUUGAUAUCAAGAUCACUAAUCCCCAGCUGCUGGAACUGGGCCUUGUGCAGAGCCCCGAAGGUCAUCGUCUCUAUGUUGCCAUCCCUCUGGGCAUAACCCUCAAUGUGAAUAUGCCCCUGGCCGGACGUCUGUUAAAGGUGGCUGUGAAGCUAAACAUCACUGCAGAAAUUCUAUCUGUGAAAAACGAACAGGGGAAGACUCACCUGGUUCUUGGUGACUGCACUCACUCCCCUGGGAGCCUGCAAAUCUCCCUGCUUAAUGGAUUUGCUCCCCUCCCUGUUCAAAGCCUUGUCAACAGUCUCACCAGCAUCUUGACCGAAGUCCUUCCUGAGCUGAUACAGGGCAAGGUGUGCCCUCUGGUCAAUGACGUUCUCAGCCAGUUGGACAUCACCUUGGUGGAUUCCAUUGCUGACUUACUGAUCCAUGGGCUGGAAUUUGUCAUCAAGGUCUAAGCCUUCCAGGAAAGGGACCCAGCCUCUGUUGAACUGGAAACCAGCUCCUGUGUUCUGGUGCGGGGACAGAAGGAAGCACCUUCCACGUUCAUAGAAGUGGAAUAUCUUUGGGCUCGGGAUGAAUAGUUACAUUUCAUAAGCAGCUGAAUGAUCAUUGUGAAUGUCUGUCUACCUAGUCGGCGACCUGAAGCACAGAAGGGCCUUCCAGACUGGAAAACAACAAUUAGGGCAUGACUGGUUUUGAAGAGAGUCCAGGCAUUAGGUCAAUACUGUGUGGCGCCCUUGGCUGAGGUCCCAAGAAUCAAGCUGAAUAGGGACAGGGCACACAUGCCUCGUAUCAUCAGC